AUGAAGGUGGGUAUAGCUGGUUGUAGCCGCCAGAAGAUGGAGGAGUCCCUCUCUUGGGCUCUCGGACAUACGUCUGAAGAACAGAGGCUCAAGCUUUAUGGAGAGCCCUUUGUGGCUGCUUGCGCGGAAUCUGGAAUAGACUACUUGGACAUCACUGGGGAGCCCGAGUUCAUGGAAAGGAUGAGGGCCAAGUAUCAUGAGCAGGCAGUGGACAGGAAAAGUCUGGUGGUGUCCAGUUGUGGAUUCGACAGUGUUCCGGCGGAGUUUGGGAUUCCAGGAGUGCCGCUGAAACGCCCUGCGGUGCACUGGGAGGACGCAGUAAAUUCCUGGGCCGUCAAGAUCCCUUCGUCCGACGCAGUCCUGGUUCGUAGGACUCUUGCAACAGUAGCCGAGAACCCAGACGGCCUUCCUACAGCUUCCAAGCAUCAAGAACAGUCCUUAAAGCAGUGGACGGACAUCAAGCCUAAAGCUCCUGCUCAGCCAUCCGGAGGUUUCCACAGGGGGAGUUUUCAGCAAGACGGGCCUUCGCAGGAGGAGAUUGAUAACUCCUCUUUCUCGAUGGUGUUCGUGGGCCGCGGCUUCAAGGACGCUAGCAAAGUUCCUCCCGGGAAGAAACAGCAACCGGACACGGAGAUCAUCACGCGAGUAACAGGUCCGGAGAUUGGAUACGUGACGACGCCUAUCAUUCUCGUCCAGGCGGUGCUGCUCGUACUGAAAAACCGCGAUAAACUCCCCAAAGGUGGCGUGUGGACUCCUGGUGUUGCAUUUGGAACCGCAAAACAAUGGCUUGUCGUAUGA